UGCAUCAAACAAAGAAGCCUUGAAUUUUAGAACCUCCUUGUACCAUAUCUGCAAGAUAUAGCUAGCUAGCUACAACUUUAUUUUCUUUAAUUAAUUACCUUUUUUCUUUUUUCUUUUUACAUUUAUUUUGUCUAGCCAGUCCCUUUUGGUUUGAUUUGGUGUUUAACUGGUUCAUGGAUAUUGAUCCCUUCUGGAGUACUGGGGGGUGGUUUAUAGAAAUUACUGGUUCAACUUUCAUGGCACCAGCUGUUCCUGAAACCUCAUCGUCGACAAGAUCACAAGCUACGUUGCUGUUUCUUGGCCUUUUUCUCUUCUUGGUUGUUCCUCUUCUUGCUCGUCCUCUUGAUUUCCCUAAGAGAUUCAUGGCUUCAACUGCAGAAUUGCAUCCUCAACAAACAAAGCAUACACAUCCUUCUUCUGCUGCUGCUGUUAGCACCGCUACAAUUUCUGGUUCUUCUUCAGGACAACAGUUUAAAGCAGCUGCACAUGAAGUACCUAGCGGUCCAAACCCUGAAUCCAACUAGUAAGCAAGAAAAAAAAAAUGAAGGGUCUGGUUCAAUGUUCAAUUUCACAAUCAUCACCUUUUCUGGCCAAUGUCAUAAUCAUUAAUUAUCCCCAUCAUCAUUCUCUCUCUAUAUAUAUAUAUGUCAGCCAAAGACAUCAAUGAGUUUCCCUUUAUCAUCAUCAUCAUUAUCUUUUUGCCUAGCUAGCUAGCUAGCAUGCAUGUGAAUAGCAAGUAACACUUCAUUUCUUUCUUGAUGUGUGCAAGUAUGUAUCUUGAUAUGCCAUUUAAGUGUAAGACAUUUUCAAAGCAGCAAGAAUAAGUUAUAUUUGUAUAUACUAAAUAUUCAUACAUCUAUAAGUCAGUCUUUGCCUUUUCUUU